CCCGGUCGCUGUGGCAUUGCGUGGUGCGCGUGGUCAGGUGCAGAGCAGCUCCCCGUCCCCUGCGGUUUGCAGCCAUGCUUCACUCUCCGCUGAAAACGGCGUUGGCAUAUGAGUGCUUCCAAGACCAGGCCAGCUCCACGCUGGCCCUGCCCUCGGAUCACAAGCUGAAAACGAAGGGCACGGGAAAGCAGCGGGUCCAGGAGCAGGUGAUGAUGACGGUGAAGCGGCAGAAGCAGAAGUCGUCGGUGUCAUCGAGCGUGGGACACUCCAACAGAGGUUCCAUGUACGACUGUGUAGCUGAUGGUUAUGGCUACGGGACGUCCCGGGGCAGUUAUUACACCAAAACCCAAAUGGGAAACAGCAGCUGGGGAUAUCCGCUGUACAACGGGACCCUGAAGCGGGAUGCUGAGAACCGGCGCUACAGCUCCUACAGCCAGAUGGAGGGCUGGGGCAGCAAGCACUACAGCAAGGCAGUCUGCAGCCCCAACAGGGCCGGCAGCGACUACUGCUUUGUGCAGAACAUCAAGAGCAGCCGGAGCGAGCCCGACCUCUACUGCGAACCACCGCGGGGCACACUGAGGAAGAGUCAGGCCGGGGGUCGGGCAGAGCACAAGGCAACCUUGAACCGCCAGAGCAUCUACAGCAGCUGUAGCACCCAGCAAGGAACUACCAGGACAAGUAAAAAAAUGCCUGCACGGGCCCUCUCCUGCCCCUCCAGCAACAAACCCGAUGUGGUCUAUGCCCAGCCCAUGAUGAGCUGCAAGCAGGAUGCGGUUUAUGGACAGGCUCAGUCUGGCUCCAAAAUAUGUGGUGAUGAGAUAGAUGGUGGCACAAUGACCAUCCAGAAAGCCAUACAGCUCCUGUGCUCCUCUGAUGACAAAUACCAGGCCAUGGGGGCUUAUUACCUCCAGCACACCUGCUUCCAGGAUGAGUCUGCCAAACAAGAGGUCUAUCGGCUCGGGGGAAUUGCCAAGCUGGUGGAGCUGCUGCGCAGCACGAACCAAAACGUACAGCGGGCGGCAGCCGGAGCCCUCCGGAAUUUGGUCUUCAGGAAUCCAACCAACAAGAUAGAAACCCGGCGGCAGAACGGGAUAAGGGAGUGUGUGAGCCUCCUGAGGAGGACGGGGAACACCGAAAUUCAGAAGCAACUGACAGGUCUGCUCUGGAACCUCUCCUCCACUGAUGAAUUAAAAGAGGAGUUGAUACAGGAGGCCCUCCCCGUCUUGACAGACUGUGUUAUCAUCCCUUUCUCUGGCUGGUCCGAUGGUGGCUGCAACAGGACAAGGGAAAUUAUCGACCCCGAAGUAUUCUUCAAUGCCACAGGGUGCUUGAGAAACCUCAGUUCUGCAGACAUGGGACGUCAGACCAUGCGAAAUUACCCUGGCUUGAUUGAUUCUGUCAUGACCUACGCCCAGAACUGCGUGGCUUCCAACCGACCUGAUGACAAGUCUGUGGAGAACUGCAUCUGCAUCCUGCACAACCUCUCCUACCGCCUGGAUGCUGAAGUUCCCAACAAAUACACCCAACUCAACCACAUGGCCCGGAGCGUUUACAUGGACAAAACCCUCACAGGCUGCUUCAACAGCAGGAGUGGCAAAAUGGAGAAUGAUGAGUAUGGUGUCCCUCUCCCUGAAGAGGAUUUUAAGCCCAAGGGACCCAGCUGGCUGUACCACUCGGAUGCCAUCCGCACCUACCUGUCCCUGAUGGAUCACAGCAAGAAAGAUGCCACCCUAGAGGCUUGUGCUGGAGCCCUGCAGAACCUCACUGCGAGCCGAGGGCUGAUGUCCAAUGCCAUGAGCCAAUUGAUUGGGGUGAAGGAAAAAGGUUUGCCUCGCAUCGCACGGCUCCUGCAGUCCAACAGCUCCGAAGUUGUCCGGUCUGGUGCUUCUUUGCUGAGCAACAUGUCCCGACAUCCUAUCCUGCACAAAACCAUGGCUCACCAGGUGCUCCCAGAUGUAUCACGUCUCCUGUCAUUCCAGUCUGGAAAUACCAACAGCUAUGGCGAGAUCAUGACAUCAGCUUGUUACACUCUGAGGAACCUCAUCAUGUCCAACCCACACCUGGGAAAGUGUUACUUGACAAGCAACAUGCUCAAUAAUGUAGUAAGCCUGUGCCGAAAUGGCUCCUGUCCAAAAGCUGCUGAAGCUGCUCGCCUCCUCCUGACAGACCUUUGGUCGAACAGGGAGCUCCAGAGUGUGCUCAAGCAGCAAGGAUUUGAUAAGAACAUGAUGGGAUCUUUAGCUGGGACGACCUUCAGGACUCUUCCUUCCAGAUUUUAGGAGCCUCUCCACACACAUUUGGGCUGCAGAGAUUGGAAUUGGUUCAUCUCCAGGAACACAACCCGUUCACAGCUCCUUAGGAUGUUAAAGAUGUGGAGUGUCUGUGAGUUAAACUCAACUGUAAAGCAAACCAAACAUACGGAUUUCAUGUGGAUCGUACUGAUAUU